GCGUUGCUCUGAGAUCUUGCCCCGUUUGUGCUGCCUGGAGUCACUGCCCCCUUUCAGGGAGGAGGACGCAGGUCUGCGCUUUCAGCCCUGAUUCCAGAGUGGGGGCAUUUCUCUGCAGCGGGAGAAGGAGUACCCAGAAGCCUGAGUAGAACCGGAGGCAGGCGCCGCGAAUAAUGGAGCUGGGGGCGGGGCUCAUGAAUGAUGCAUCAGAAAGGGGUGGGCCUGCUUAUGUAACGGGGACAGAGGGGGCUGGCAGCUGGGGAGGCACUGGCAGGAUGGGAGUGGCGGGCAGCCGGCGGACCCUUCCCCACAAGCAGGCUGACAGCAUCCCCAGCCGGGGGCCCUGGGUUCGGGGCUGGAAGAGAGUCUUGUCAGGUGUGGAGACGACUCUGUCGGGCCUGGAGCAGCUGUGGGCACAGCGGAAGCGCCGGCUCCCCCCCCUGGAGCCAGCUCUGCUGCCCUCAGAGAAGUCCCUGACCGAGUGGCCGGUGCCGAAGCUCGUCUCUCUCUUCUUGCCCGAGUUCCCCGUCCGGCCCCCGCAGGGGCAGCAGCAGCUGAAGGUGGGUCAGCCAGGUCCCCGCAGAGGCUGCACGGGACAUCCCGGGAAAGCCCCAGGGGGACGGGGAGCCUCUGUUAGAACUCCUCUGCCUCCCCGUAUUCCUCCGCAGGUCCUGGGGUUUGUGGCCAAGGGCUCCUUUGGGACUGUCCUCAAGGUGCUGGACUGUGGCCUGGGGGCCCUGCUGGCCGUGAAGGUGGUCCCCAAGGUGGAAGUCCUUCAGCGAGACAGCUUGAGGCAGUGCAAGGAGGAGGUCAGCAUCCAGCGCCAGAUCCGCCACCCGUUUGUGAGGGGCUUGGGAGGCAGCUGGCAGGGACAGCGCCAUCUCUUCACUAUGUACAAGUACUACAGCACGGGGGACCUGCACUCUCUCUGGGCCGCCGUCGGCUGCUUCUCUGAGGCUUCCGUGCGGCUCUUUGCGGCCGAGCUGGCCCUGGGCGUAGGCUACCUCCAUGACCUGGGCAUCGUGCAUCGGGACCUGAAGAUGGAGAACAUUCUACUGGAUGAAAGAGGCCACCUGAAGCUCACAGACUUCGGCCUGUCGCGACAUCUCCCGCAGGGGGAGCGGGCCUACACCAUCUGCGGGACGCUUCAGUACAUGGGUGAGCCAGAGCCGGGGCUGGCAGGGCUCCUGUGCCCGGCCCUCCACCCCCUGCCCCCUGCACUGCCGAGUGGCCAUCCCCCGCGACGAGGGUGGGCUCGGUCCCCCCGCUGCGUGACCAGCCCGCCUCUUCCUGCAGCCCGGGCCGCUGUGCACGGGGCCUCCUCCUCUGCCUUUACUUGUACCUGUCCUGUUCCUAUUGCUCUGGCGAUACCUGCAGCCCCAGAGGUCCUGAGGGGCGGGCCCUACAACCACGUCGCGGACUGGUGGUCCCUGGGCAUCUUGCUGUUCGCCCUGGCAGCUGGGAAGUUCCCCUUGCAGGCUGAGAAGGAUCAUGUGGCCAUGUUGGCAAGUGUGACUCGCUGUAACUAUGAGGUCCCAGCCUCCCUUAGCCAGGGGCUUGCUCUCCUGCUCCAGGAGCUCCUGUGCCACGACCCCUUCCAUCGCCUGCGCUACCUGUAUCACUUCCAGGCCCAUCCCUUCUUUCGGGGCAUGGCCUUUGACCCUGAGCUCCUGCAGAAGCAGCCCGUGUCCUUUGUCCUGGAGGCGAGGGCUGUCCUUCCCGCCCCCGCUGAGGCUGUUCCGUUCCAGGAUUUUGACUGCGAUUUGAUAUGUCUCUCAACCCAUCCCUGCCCUGCCUGAGUUCCCCUUCCCACAAGAUGGAUGUAGCUGUCUCAGGGUCUUCACUGCCAGCUCAGGAAGACCUCCCUAAUGCAUCAAGUUGUCCCUUGUUCUUUGUAGGAGGCUUCCCUCCCAUUUUGUAGCUUGAAACACUUUAUAACUGAACCUGAUCCUGUGGGGCUCAGGCCCCUUAAAAGGGAGGGAUGUUGUCUCCCCCUCCCCCCACAAGCAGAGACCAAAGUCCCACUUCUUGGCGCGCUGCCACGAGCAUCUCAUUUCACUUUCUUCCCUCCCCUGUGCCUCCUCAUUGAGCAGGACAGAGCAGGUCUCCUCCCCGUUUGCACUUGUCCACAUCCCCCAGCCUCAGGCUCUUAGCCAGGUUCUCCAGCCCCCUUCUCCCUUAUUUCUACGACACAUUUCCUUUCUCCAGCAAUACUGAACUCUGUACUGACACACAUUGAUCCUCACGGUGCUUGACAAGCUUAGUUAGCCUGUCCUUUUCAGAAGCAAUAAUUGUUUUUUAUAAGAAUACAAAUCAUCCUUGCCCCAACAAUUUACAUUUUAAAUUGUGAUCUAAGGACUCAAGGCCUGAUUAUGCAAUAGAUUAAAUAAAAAAAUAAAAUAAAAUUGA